AUGUCGGAUAAUUUAGGAUAUGAAAAUCUGAAAGAACUUGAUAAUUUAGAAAUAAUUGUGAUUGUUGAUGAAGAUACGGGGACAUGCGGUGUUGAAUCUCAUUCAGUGUUGUUUGACGCUGGACAAUAUGGACAGAUUUUUAUAGAAAAUUCAAAUAAAUUAGGAGUGGAUUAUUCCAAAAUCGAAACUGUGGUAUUGAGUCAUUGGCAUUGCGACCAUUCGGAUGGAUUACCAAGUGCAAUUGAAGCAAUAAGUGAAGCGAGGCGCGGUCAUUCUUCAAAAGUAAUUAUCGAUUUACCAAAAGAAAGACCAUCUCGUCGAGGAAUUAGACUUCCAAAGAGCGAUAACGUAAUGGUUAUUAAUAAUCCCACAUUUGAAGAACUCGAAAAAGCCGGCGGUGAGAUAGUUAAAUCAAGUGAACCUCAUACAAUAUGCUCAAAUUUCUUUUAUGUAAGUGGAAGAAUAUCUCGACAAACUACGUAUGAGACAGGAAUCGUGAAUCAUGUAGCAUACGAUGAAAAAUUAUCAACAUGGAAGGAUGAUCCGUUAAUUAAUGAAGAAAGAUUUUUAACAGCAAGAAUUAAAAAUAAAGGAUUAAUUGUGUUUACAGGAUGUAGUCAUGCAGGAAUCGUUAAUACUUUAUUACAAGCUCAAAAUCCACUUUCUAAUAAACAAGAAGAAAAAUAUCCGAUUUAUUUGGUCAUGGGAGGAUUUCAUCUAGCUGGUUAUGAUCAAGAAAGUAAAAUUAAAGAAACAGUAAGAGAUUUAAAAGCAUUAAUUAAUCCCGUUUAUUUGGCUCCCGGUCAUUGUUCUGGAUGGAGAUGCAGUGCUGCUUUAGAAUAUCAAUUGCACGAAGGUGAAGCCGCAUUUGCCGGAAGAGUUGCACCAUCUGCUGUUGGAAAAAUUUAUACCAUUUCUUACAAAUAA